GAAACAGCGAAGAAGACGGCUAAACAUAUAUGCUAGACUGCAUGGUAACAAAUAUUAAAACAUGGAUAAAAAGAAAAAACCCUUGAACGUGGAUGCUUCAUCGCUCGUAGAUCUUAAAGCUGAACUGUAUAGGAAACAGGAGCAGUUCAAACGGCAGAAACUCGGUCAAGAUGACACUAAUGCUGGAGCGAGAUCAGCAGUCAAGAAGCCCAGCGUGUGGACUAAGCAAAACCCUGGUGUUUCAGCAAGAGCUGCAAAAGAUGCAGAAGAGCUGUCAGAGGAGCAGGUCACCCUGGACACAGCCAGGCGCAAGUUGGAGGAGAAGGCCAGACUCUAUGAACAGAUGACAAAGGGAGACUUUCCAGAUGAAGAGACAGAGAAACUCUUCCUCGUUGACUUCACUCAGAAGAUUAUUGACAAAAACAGACAAACGUUUACACACAAGGAGAUGGAGAAAGAGGAUGAGGAAAGAGACGGCUCAUUACCUAUUCCACCUCCUCAGAACCCAGAUGAGGAUUGGGUGGACUUCGUUGACGCUUUGGGGCGUUCUCGAAGAUGCAUGAAGAAAGACUUGCCAGAUUUUAAGAAAUUAGAUGAGAACCUUAAAGGAAAAGGAGCAGCAUCCUCUGAGAAGAGCCUUCUGUCAGAAGACAUGCGUCGAGAACUGCAGAGGCAGGAGUGGGAGCGGGAGGAAGAAGAGGCUAUGAAAAGACCUGUUGGACCUAUCCACUAUGAGGAUAUCAGAGCACAAGAGGCUCGGGAACUUGGUGUGGGCUACUUUGCUUUCUCUCAGGAUCAAGGGCAGCGCACAAAGCAAAGAGAGACUUUGGAUAUGCUCAGAGAUCAGACAACAGAUCAGCGCGCUAAGAGAGAGCGACUGAAGGAGAAAAGGCAGGCCAUCCUGAAGGCUAGACUUGCCAAGGUGAGGCAGAGGAAGAUGAAGAAGGGGAAGCUGGAUGGAACUGAUGAGGAGGACAAUCAAGGAGAGGAGGAAGAAGAGGAGCCUGAAGCAACAGGGCCAACGCCAGAUGACCCCCCAGAGGUCAGCACUCUGAAGAAGGUGGACGUGGAAAUUCAGGAAAGGAGGGACACCAGGCCAGGAGUCCCUCAUGUCAGAGAAUGGGACAGGGGCAAAGAAUUCAUGUUUAGUGAAUGGAAAAAUCGCCGUCGGGAAGAGCGAGAUACAGAAUUUGCACCUCCUUCUGCAUACUUUAUGAACCAGAGAUGGAAACCCGAUAAGUCUAAAAGUCAGAACAAUAAAUCCAGCAAGUCCUUCAACUCAAUAAAAGUUCCAGAAGGAAUCUCUGAUGGCAUCGCAGAACCUGAACCUGAACCUCAACCUGAACCUCAACCUGAACCUCAACCUCCACCUGUUUCAUCACCACCUCAGCCUCAACCUUCAACAUCUUUACAGCCUCCAGAUCCAGCACCUGUGGAGAGCUCUGCACCUUCAGCUCCUCAUUUGAAUCCCCAGUAUCAGCCUCCACCAUUUUACCCACAAUUUUGUCCUCCGCCUCCCUCUCAGUUUGUAGGUCCACCUCCAUUUCUCCCUCAGUAUCCUCCCCAGUAUCCUCCCCAGUAUCCUCCCCAGUAUCCUCCCCAGUAUCCACCCCAGUAUCCACCCCAGUAUCCUCCCCAGUAUCCUCCCCAGUAUCACCCCCAGUAUCCUCACCAGCAUCCCGCUCAGCAUCCCGCUCAGCAUCCCGCUCAGCAUCCCGCUCAGCAUCCCGCUCAGCAUCCCGCUCAGCAUCCCGCUCAGCAUCCCGCUCAGCAUCCCGAGCAGAGUCAGACUCAGCAACAGCCUCAAGGUGCUCCUGAGAGUCUGGACGACAUGCUGUCCUUCUUCAGGAAUUCUACCUAAUGCCUCCUUUUACAAAUAAUAAUAAAUGCUACUGUAGAAACAACAGAAAGCAAUGUUUCAUUUCUUUGGAAAUUAAAAAUCUAAUAAAUGUUUGUAAUUUUAUUUGACAUUUCUCAGAUGCUAUUGUUUUUCUUGUGAAAAAACCUGGUAGAUAAAAGGUUGUUUAUCUCCUGCAUUAGAUGAAGUAUAUUGUGUGCCUAAUGAUCCUUAAAUUUGUGUGACGUUUUUUAUCAUAGUACUAUAUUACGCUAAUUUGAAACGGUUAUUGUUGGAUGAGUGAAUUGCAGUUUUAAAGCAUCCAGCAGAUGGUGCUAUACAUCAUUAGGAAAUUCUGUAAAUUGCUCUGCAGGGUUUUAUCUUGGGUACAUAAAGCAACAGCUGGAAAAAUUAAAAGUUAAAUAGUCAUAUUUUCA